GACCUCGCGAUCAGUCGUAGUUUCAAGCGAUACAGGGACACAGUGUCAUUCUUGCGUGCGCCGUUCAUCCGCUCCGACCUACGUUCAGCGUGCACUGUUGCAAACAAUUGCGUCAUAUCCUUCGAGAAGCCGCGAGAGCGCGAGAAUUGAGGAAACGGGAUGCUGACGGUGAGGCUCUGUCGGGCCGGUGUCUCGCCGGGGUUGACGUCGUUCGUUCGAUCCCCGGUCGUCCCGGCGACGCCGCAGCUCUCCAAGGGUCAGAUCGCGAGGUUGUUCGUCAACGAUGGACGCAGCUCUUACACGAGGACCGCGAGGAAGCGAGCCACCGUGGUCGAGAGAGCGACGGCUCCGGCGGGCGAAACAGCAAUUAACGUCGGGAAAGCAGCAGUUGCCGGAGGAGCGUUGGCGGGAUUGGGUGGUCUUUGUUACUACGGUUUAGGUCUGUCUUCGCGAACCGGCUCCAUAGAUCACGCACACCUAUGGCCCCAAUAUGUCAAAGACAGAAUCAAAUCUACGUACAUGUACUUUGGCGCGUCCAUCGCGGCGACCGUAGGGUCCGCGGCUUUGUGCCUGCGUUCCCCUGCCGUGAUGAACAUAGUGAUGCGUCAGGGACUGGUCUCCAUAGGCCUGUCGCUGGCUGCGAUAAUCGGCAGCGGCAUGAUCGUACAGGGACUACCGUACGAGAAAGGAUUCAACAGCAAACAUGUAGCUUGGUUGAUACACACCGGCAUCUUGGGCGCCGUCGUGGCGCCCUGGAGUCUCAUGGGUGGACCGUUGAUCAUGCGAGCGGCCUGGUACACCGCCGGGAUAGUCGGUGGCUUGUCAACGAUUGCCGUUUGCGCGCCCAGCGAUAAGUUCCUGGCGAUGGGCGGCCCGCUCGCUAUUGGCUUAGGCGUCGUGUUUGCCAGCUCGCUCGCUUCCAUGUUCCUCCCACCUACGACCGUUCUUGGAUCCGGAAUGUACUCCAUAGCUGUUUACGGUGGUCUUCUGCUGUUCUCUGGAUUGCUGCUUUACGACACGCAGAGGAUCAUCAAGCGUGCGGAGACUUAUCCGAUGUACAACAUUGAUAGACCAUAUGAUCCGAUUAAUAAUGCAAUCUCGAUUUAUCUGGAUACAUUGAACAUCUUCAUACGAAUUCUGGGUAUAUCCGGUGGUAGUAAACGUAAAUAGAGGAGUGGAAUGUGAUAAAUUAAGGUAACAUUAGGAUCAAAAUAACUUGUAAAUUACACUUGUAUUACACAUACAUAUAUUCAACUUAGUCGUAAUACGUGCUUUAAUUGAGUGUAAAAGCGACUAAACUAAAAUAAAUAAAUUUUAACAUG